UCCCUCACCUGCCCACACUCUCUCUCCUCUGCCCACACCCUCUCCUCCCUGGCCAUGUUGAGAGUUGUAGUCCUUUGACCCCAGAGGGGAUGAUUCGUGCGUGCUCUGGAAUGUUGUGAUGGUGGUGAUUACAGUCGUGGUGAUUACAUUGGUGGUGAUUACAGUCGAGUCCGAGAUAUUUCCUGCUGCUCAGAUGAGCAUUUAGAUGGCGGUAAUUUCCUAUUUUCAGCUCUGUAAAGCCAGUGGUGGAAAUUCUACAUUCCUAUGGCGGGAUGAGGUCUAUCCAAAGGACAACCACUUUUCACUUCACCACAAAGUGGUACCUAUUUUGUCGACCCCGGAGGGAGGGAUGAUGGGCCGAGGCAACCCCCCUAGCUGGGAGUUGAACUCGCAACCCCUGACGAUUGGUGGACUGCAGUGGCGGUGGCGACUUGCCGCCGGAGGCGCCUGCAGUGGCGGUGGCCGUACCCUGUUUGCGUCGCGCCCCGCAGAGAGUGUCAAGGAGGUGAUGGGCCGCGUGAAGAUCGGGCUCAAGAGGAGGGUGAGGCUGGAGCUGCGCGCCGACCGCGUGGAGCACCGCGUGCUGAUCCUGACCGCGUGCCGCACGUUUCUGCUGACUGCCCGCGUCCCUUCCAAGGUGGAGACUUCUUUCCACUUCCUGGACAUAGAAUCGCUCACGAGUGUGAAGCCGUGCCAGCUGCUGAUCGACACGGAUCGGCAGUCCUUCUCCUUCAAGCUGACGUCGCAGGAGGAGACUGAUCAAAUCGUCGGCUACGUUGGCUGCUCCCUCAAGAAGCUCUUCCCCGGGGCGUCCCCCAUGAGGUUGAUGCAGAGGGUGGUGGUGGAGCCGCAGGAGCGGCUGGCGCGGCUGCAGGCCGUGUGGGAGAGCCACUUGCCCCCCGAGCCCGGCCCGUGCGGCGGCUUCUCCCAGAUGUACGCGUGUCUGUGCGACUACUACAACCUGCCUUACCGCGAGGAGGUGCAGUGGGACGUGGACACCAUCUACCUCUCCCAGGACACUCACGAGCUUAACCUGCAGGACUUCAGCCACCUGGACAAUCGGGACUUGAUACCGAUCGUGGCGGUGCUGGAGUUUAACCAGUGGUUCACCAAACUAUUGGCACAGGACCUGAAGUUGGGCUCGGACGUGAGCGAGCAAGUCCUCCGGGCCGUUGCGCGCUCCACGCAACUCCAGGAACUUCUGUUGGAGAAUGCCGGCCUCAAGACAGACUUUGCUCAGAAGCUGGGAGUUGCCCUGGCGCAGAAUGGCGGCACGGCCCUGCACAGCAUCAGCCUCGCGGGCAACGCGCUCGAGGACAGAGGUGCCGCCUGCUUGAGUGGACCCCUGGGGAAGCUGGGAAAAGGACUCGCAAUGCUCAACCUCUCCCGCACCGCCCUCACCGCCAAGGGCGUCAACACGUUGGCCCAGGCGCUGUCCAGCACGCCGAUGACCGCCUCCACGCUCACCCACCUGGACCUGUCGGGGAACGCUCUGCGGGGAGACGACCUCACCCAUCUGCACAGCUUCCUGGCGGUGCCCAACGCCCUCCAACACCUCGACCUGUCGGCGACCGACUGCACCGUCGACUCGCUGUUCGGUCCCUUCCUGCGUGGCUGCUGCCAUCACCUGGCGCACAUCAACCUCUCUAGGAACGUGUUUUCUCAGAGACGAACGAGAGACAUCGCCCCGUCGUGCAAGCAGUUCUUCUGCAGCUCCCUUGCGCUGCGCCAUCUCAGCCUCUCCGGCACCAAGCUGCCAGCCGAGGCCGUCAAGGCGCUGCUGCUGGGCCUCACCUGCAACCAGCACGCGCGCGACGUCUCGCUCGACAUCAGCAGCACCGAGUUGAGGUCAGCGGGUGCGCAAGUUUUGGAAGGGUGCAUCGCUGAUGUCCACAACAUCAGCAGCCUGGACGUGUCCGACAAUGGCCUGGAGUCCGACCUGGCCACUCUAACCGUUUGGCUGUGCAAGAACCGCUCCAUCAAGCAUUUGGCGCUGGGCAGGAAUUUCAGCAACAUGAAGCCCAAGAACGUGGGGCCAGUUCUGGAUAACAUUGUGCAGAUGAUCCAGGACGAAGACUCGCCUCUGCAGUCGUUGUCCUUGGCGGACUCGAAGCUCAAGGCAGACCUCACCAUCGUGAUCAACGCCCUGGGAAGUAACACGUCGCUGACGCGCGUCGACCUCAGCGGCAACAGCAUGGGCGACAUCGGGGCCAAGAUGCUGGCCAAAGCCCUGCAGAUCAACACCAAGCUGAGGACUGUGAUCUGGGAUAAAAACAACACGACCGCACAAGGCUUCCAGGAUGUGGCGGGAGCCCUGGAGAAGAACUACACACUGCGGUACAUGCCGACCCCGGUGAAUGACGCCUCCGUGGCCCUGAAAGCGAAUCCCGAGAAAACGGAAGAGGCCCUCCAGAAGAUCGAGAACGUGUUGCUGCGGAACCACGAGAGUCGGCGCUUCUCCCCCGAGCAAGCGUACCGGCUCCAGCAGGGCAUCGUGACGAGCACGUCGCAGCAGAUGGUGGACCGCAUGUGUGUCAAGGUGAGGGAUCACCUCAACUCCCUGCGCAACGUUCAGGCGGAGAGCGCUCGCGACGACGUCAGGACCGCCGAGUCUCUGGUGCGCGACGCCAAGAACGCGCGCACGUUGCUGCCCAACCUGUACCACGUGGGUGCCGAGGCGUGGUACGGAGAGAGCGGCGCCCGCGGGUCGCCCAUUCAGGCCAAGCUGGAGCUCAUGGCCGGAGAGCUCACCGUGGUCGUCGAGAAGCAGCUGGAGACGCUGCUGGACUCGAUGCUGGACGCGGCCCAGGCGCUGUGCCCCCACGUGAUGAGGCCGGGCGGGGAGAUGCGCGAGGAGCUGCGCGCGUCCAGCGCCGGGAAGGUCUCCGUGCCGCAAGACUUCGUCCGCAAGGUCCUCCUCACGCAGGCCGCCGCCGACAUCCUCAAUAAGAUCAGCGAGGUGAAACUCGCCACGGCGUCGCACCUCUCCGACCGUCUCAUGGACGAGAUCCUGGGCAGCCUCUCCACCUCGCAGCAUCGGCUGGGUGAGCACGUGCACCGCUCGGGACGCCCCGUCCCCCGCGCCCAGCGGCGAGACUCGGAGGAGCUCGACGCGCCGGAGGAGGGAACGCGCGAGCGUCGCGGCGACGAGAGAGAGCGUCGCGGCGACGAGAGAGAGCGGCGCGGCGACGAGGCCGCGGGGACGCACGACGCCGAGCGGCAUGAGGACGCGGACAGCUGCACGACGCUCUGUUGCCCGAGUCUCACCCCAAAAAGUAAACGGAAAAGCAUCUACAGCCGGAAACUACGCCCCGUGUCCAAGUUGUUUGAGUUUGAGAUCGACCCGGUCGCCAUGACGAGCACGACAGAGACGACCCUGACCCCGACCCCGACCCCGACGUCGCUCCUGGAUGAGGCCGCGACUCCGGAGAGUCCCGGUGGCGGCGGCGGCAGCGGCGCGGACCGCAGCCCUCACGCCGCGUUGGCCGAGCUGCCGUCCGAGGAGUGCCGCAAGCUGGAGCACGUGACCAAGGGGCGGCCUCGCAGGGCCAAGAAGCAACCGCUGGGGCGGCUGGCGUCCUGCACGGGCGGCAUCGCGGAGUCUCAGGAGGGCGAGCAGAACGGCAUCAUGGGACGCGUUGACGAGGGAGUCGAUGAGUUCUUCUCCAAGAAGGUGUCACGAGUCUCCUCCAAGAGGGGUUCGCUGCGGAGGGCCGAGUCCACGGACGCCGAUGCCUCCGAGAGGCAUCGGCGCGACUCUAAGAAGGGGAGCUUCUUCGGAUUCAUGCGGCCACGGGGCAGCUCCAAGGCCUCCCCCAGCCCCGGGCCCACGGCCGGCGCCGCGGCCCCGAGUCCGGCCGCGGAGCCCGCAGCGGAGGCCCCGAGGACGGAGGUGAAGGCCGCGGAGAUGGAAGCGCCGCCGCCAAGCGCCGCUAAGCCCGAGGAGGAAGAGCGGUCGCCGCACCCGUUCGCCGAGGACGCCGUGAAAAGCGCAGAGCCUGCUAGGGCCGGGGGAGUGGCCAUCGAGCCUGGCAAAGGCGCCGCGGUGGCAGAGUCGAGCAAGCCAAGCCCCCCGGGAGCGCGACGUGUCCCGCCAGGCUACCCGGUGAUGGGGGGCAGCCUCCUGGCCGAGAUGAAGGCCAAGCAGGAGAGACGUGCCAUCAUCCAGCAGCGGAACCAGAAGUCAGCGGAGGCCGAGGGCCUGGGGCUCGGCGUGGCCGUCCUGCGCGACGCCGCCGCCGCCGCCAAGGUCGCGCCGUCAUGUCCCGUGGGGCCCACCAGUCCCCGCGGGCCCCUGUCGCCCACGCCGCCAAGCAAGCCGUCGCCCCUCGGCAAGCCGGCCUUCUCGCCACGGCCCAAGCCCAGCUGGACCUCGGAGGAGAGCGGGGACUCCGUGUCCCUGGGCCAGGGACGGUCUCCGUCGGAGAGCAGCGCCACUCCGGGCCACAGCAGUCGCUCUGCCACCCCCGAGGGUGAGCUCUCCGGUGACGACCUGAGGACGGACACCGACAACGAGCUCGAGCAGAUGUCCCAACGUAACAACAACCUCACCAACCCAGCCCACGAGCAGCUUGCCCCCCUGCCGGGCACGAACGAGAAGCGGGGAGCGCCGGGCCCUGGCGCCGAACUUGCUUUGAGCAGCGGCGGCGCGCACCGCAGCCACUCCGAGGCGGCGAGCGGCGAUGGCGACGAGCUGGCAGCGGCCUCCCGCGCCAGGAAGAAGGUGGUACAACGGCGGAAGGCGAGCCAGGACGGAUCGGGGGGCGGCACGCCGCACGGGGCGAUGAUGGGCACCGGGGCGGGGGGCCCCACGCACCGCGACAAGUCCAGCGACUCGACGGACGAGGGCUGAUCGUCGCUCGAGAGAGGACGCCGUCACGGAUGUGGGACAAGGGACUCCGCCGUGCUCACGUCAGGGCGCACUGAUCGGUGGCCCCGAGGUGGUUUAACGUCACUGGACCAUUUGUAUCCUCUGGAUUCUGUGCCAAGCCCAGAGCCCAGUCUGCUGUUACUCUGCAGUCGUUUAAUCUCUUGUCUAUUUCAGACUCCGCCUUUUAUACGUGACAAACGGUGGUGGAAAUGUACCGGUAUACGCCGGUAUGCCUUACCGGCGCUUCCGGAGCACCAAGCACGCGUGUUCUGACACUUUUCGGAACCGUUUCCUAUUCCCGCACCGCGAUGUUUCCGCAGAGGAGAAACAGCAGUGAUCAAUGGGCAGCAGCAAUGGGUCGGAUUCACACCAGCGCCUCUGCACUCACGUUCCCACCGCCGGUGACAGACACACGGUAGUCUCAUUGCCGGCACUACAACGCAAGGCGGAGGCGCGUGUCUGCAUUACGAGGGAAAAGCACAGGGAUGCCCAAGUGGAGAGAUGCCUGCAUGCUGUGGAGCAUUUCUUGGGAAAGGCACCAAUCAAAUUGCAGGGUUUGUUCGUCGUCAUCGUUUGCUCGUUCUGUGGUUGCUUUUUAUUUUGCAGUUCAUGUUCCUUGCUGUUUUGUGUCUUGCUCGGGGAUUCAGUGCAGGGUCGCCACCUGUGUCCGGGUUUUACUCAAACAGUCCGGGAAUCGGGUGUCUGUGUUCGUGCGCCGGUAAAUGAUUUGUACCGAGGUCUGGCUGGUACUAGAGUUGUAUUGAACUUCAUUACAAUGUGUAUGGCACAGUUUUUGAUAAUAGGCCUUAGGCUCAUUGAGAAAUAUCGCUGGGUUUGUUCAACCGUGGGAAAAGGCGGUGACCCGAUUUGAAUGUCUUGCGCUUACGUUCGUGUGCUUUGUACUACUGCACAAGUCUGUAGUGUAAAUGAGAUGAGCAGUCUAACUACUCAACAGUAAGCAGUUUGUAAAUAAUGAUAUUGCCAAUUAGAAUUAUUAUUCAUGCAAAUAAAUCUUAAUGACUAAUUUGACCAAGAGGGCCCAUACUUUUAUCAUUGACAUUUUACAAGGGUUCAAAUAAGGUGUGGGAUGAUGUAAAAUAUGAUUUCAUUCGUAUUUUUAAUUCCAGUACUAACUCUGUAGGUGAUUGCUUGGAAUGUGGAUUUAAUUAUACCUGGUCUCAUAGGUUUUAUGGGAAAUUACCAAAACAUUAUUACAGCAUUCUUAACACUGCCAAAUUACUCCCAUCCACCUCAAAAUACCCAGAUACCACACAGCACCACACCCACACCACACCCCAUUUACACCACAUCCCAUUUACACUACACCCUACCAACACCACACCCUACCAACACCACACCCUACCAACACCACACCCCACUCACACCACACCCCACUCACACCACACCCCACUCAUACCACUCACACCACCCACACCACUCAUGCCACACACCACCCGCACCACAAACCACCCACACCACUCACCAAACAUAACCACCCACACCAUAUACAUCUCGCACCACACCCCACACCCCACCUACCCUGCCUACUCACUACUCGACACCAUACUACACCACCCAGACACCUCACACCACCAAGACACCUUGCACCCCAAGUACACAUCUCACAUGCCAGGCAUCUACACACCACCACCUACACAUCACCUACACACCACCACCUACACACCACCUACACACCACCACUAUGCUAUAACACAGCACAUACGUGUACAGGGACUGCUCUACUUACGAGCAUUCGACUUACGAACUUUCAGAGAUACGAACAAACCUGUCCUCAUGUCCAGUUGCUUGUUCAGAUCGAGAGUUGUAAGUGCAACCGCAGCGCAAUAGAUGGCGGUGGUGGAAUCGACAUCUGUAGAACGUGAAGUACCAGUGGCAUCUACUUCUACGGGAGAUUAUACAAAUUUUAAAGCCAUUCUCCUUAUUUAGUGCACAUGCCGUAACAACACGUUUGGAAUCGACAGGAGUAAAGUCGAACUUAUGAACAAAUCGACUUACGAACAGACCCCUGGAAUCUAACUCGUUCGUAAGUAGAGGAGUCCCUGUACGAAGUUUAUGAACAGUUGCCGAGCACAAGGCCAAAGGUCCAAAGAGACAAGCGACCAACAGCAGCACAUGGCACCGUCGAGAGUUUACGAAAAUAAUGAACACGCGUCUUGGAUUGGGCGAAGUUGUUACAAUGGUUUAGGAAAAGUGCCAACCGGAUGGAAUUCCAAAGUGGAGCAGUUCACGAGGGAAGACGCAGAAAGAGAAGCGUCGUGAACGACAGCGUGAUGAGUGGGUGGGGUGAGUGUGGUGAGUGGGGUGAGUGAGUGAGUGGGGUGAGUGGGGUGAGUGUGGUGAGUGGGGCGAGUGUGGUGAGUUGGGCGAGUGGUGCGAGUGUGUGUGUGGGUGGGUGGAGUUGUAGCCUGGGGAGCUGCUGGGGAGACAAAGGCGGCCGGUCAUGGUGUUGGCCACCCCGCACCUAUGAAGGCCGUGCCGGCCUUCAUAGGUGCUCGAUAACAACACUUGCCUCAACAGUCUGUUAAGGCUAUACGGGGGAUCUUUGUCUUUGUUAUAGCCUGCAAUGCGGGGGUGAGUGGGUGUGCGAGUGGGUUGUCGUGACGUGCAAUUUGGAUCAGAUGGAACGGUCAGUCUGGUCGAUCGAGUUCUACCGCAUAAACAUCUCAAGUGUGUCUGUCGCGCAAUCAAGGUGGCUUACUUUGCUCUGUGCCCUGCUGUCAAGAUGUUGUCCGAUACUUCGUGCACUUCGAGCUAUCUCGAUGCACAGGAGCACUGCCAGUGCAGCUGCAGCUUCCAAUGAUCGGGCUGCCUUCAUGGUUCCAUCUGUACGGGAAGUCUGUGGGCAGGGUGACCUUACACUCACCUGACAAUCACCAAACGCUCACCUGACACUGAUAACACCACAGACGUCAGACACCGCUCACCAGAUUCCACUGAGCAUGAAACGCACCAGACUCGCCGCUCCACCGUGACACGAUCCUCCAUCAACUCUGCGUCGCGCGUGGCGUUACGACGUGCAACGGCGGCACAGCACUCGUCGCGAUUGCCACGCCGGUGAUCGUUUCUGAGGUCCAGGGUGAGAGGUCAUAGGUUGUACACACGUCAAGUUCAAUACCAAAGAUCCCCGGGGUUCUUGUGGUCAGAAUGAGACCUGGCCAAACCCUGUGCGACGCAGAUUGCCCUUGCGAGUGACUGACAGACGAAUGGAGGUAUUUUGUAGGUUUCGUGUAGACAGUGCCGGAUGAAAAAAAAAAAUCUUAAAACACAGAUUUUCUACUUGCAUAGUGAAGUAAUUGUAUUUUUUCAUUUGCUUUACAGCCAGAUAAUACGACAAAUCGCUAACCUUAAACACCAAGUCGUUAAUAAAAGUUGAAGGCAGUAUAGUACUAUAGUAAUAGAGCAAGUGCAGAAUCACUGAAGCGGAAUUGAUAGCUUGAAAGCAUUUAGCGCGGGCCCCUUGAAAGUGCGGGGCCCGUAGCUACUACAUAUGUAGCUACUUAUGCUACUAGAAUAAUCCGGCACUGCGUAUAGAUGGUGACACAUGCGUGGUCGUAUUAGAGGGAGUGAUUGUGCAUUCAAACGUGUUUGAUGUUAUCGGUUAAGAGUUGUCAGACGCGCCCUGGUUUGAUCCGGACAGACCACGAAUUGGCAUCUGUGUCCGGGUGGCAGGAGCUGAUUUGUUCCGAGAUCUCGUACCGGAAUUGUGUUGAACUUCAUCACGAGCAAACCGCACAACUUUGAUAGUCGACCGAGGCUGACUUGGAGAAAUGUGUCCAGAGGCAAUAUUAUUGUUGGGUUUAACCGCCACUGAUGCCACUUGUGACAAUGGCAGUUGUAUUCUUAACCAUUUUAAUUUUUCAGAGUUAACCAACGCUUGUGGAUUCAAGGUUGACCCGAGUCGGUGGGUGUAUCACGCCUGAUCUUUGUGUCAUUUGUACAUCGAGACGCGGUAGGGGGAGUCGUGAGUGCCGCUACUUUGUCCACUUGAGCAGGGGGGUCAAGACACUUUUGGGCCAGGCCACGUUAUCGUGAUAGCGAUGGCCAAAACCCAUUGAUCAAUCACCCUGGGUGGUGAUUCGCCCCAUGGUUGAUGGUAGAGGCAAAUGCACAUGUUUUUGCUAUAACAAAGGAAAACACGCAGACUGAAGCGAACAAUGCUUUGUAUGAGAAGUCUGGCCCUUUGACUUGCCUGGAAAUAAGUCUUUGCGCUGUUGAUUUACAAUGUACAAUAAUCACAAGAAUCGCCUGCCAUAUUUGUCUAUUUCUUUUUUUUGUAUUAACUUGUGUAAAAUAAUAAAAGUAUACACUUGGGA